AUGUUUUUGGCUCCGAUCAACUUUUUUUCUUACCUAUCUACUUUUUUCUUGAUCACUUCACUUCCCUUCUCGCUAUCACUUUAUCUCCCUGAAUCCAACCCACUGUUAUCCUUCAACAGUCAGGUCAGGGAGGUGCAUCUCUACACAGAGAAUCACAGGCAUGGGAUGUAUCUGCAGAUAAACUUGGACGGCAGAGUGACAGGAAGUCAUGUUCAGACACCUUACAGUGCGCUACAGCUAAAAUCAGUUCAACCAGGCCGUGUUGUCAUCAAAGGCCAGUCAGCAUCCCUGUUUCUCUGUGUGGAUAGUGGAGGCAAUCUGAGGGGCCAGCAACUCUAUGAAGAAGCUGAGUGCUCAUUCAGAGAGCUGUUGCUGGCUGAUGGAUACACCCGCUUCAUUUCCUCACACUAUGGAAUUCCUGUGUCGCUGGCGUCCAAACAUUCCCAAGAUCGACAUUCAGUCCCUUUUACUCGAUUCCUACCUCUCAGGAACACUUUGACGUUGGAAAGUGUGUCAGAGAAACUAUCAAACAAUCGCAGGAACUUCAAUGUGGACUCUGAUGAUCUUCUGGGGAUUAGUCUAAAUACUAUGGUUAGUCCUCAUUUGUUAAUAGACAAAUAAAAUGCAGCACUGCACUGAACUGUUUAUGGGUCUCUAGAUUUCAUUUUUAGAAAGUACAGAUGUU